AUGCGCGCCUUUCGGAGUCUUCUCAAUCCUCCUCCGACCUCACUUUCCACUAUCUACUCGGAUGAGUCGGGCAGCGUACUGACCGACGAGGUCAGCUUCGAUAUGACUGACUCAGACGUUGUCGACACAACGGACACUGAGGAUGUCCGAGAUAUCGUAAAACCACUGCCUGCGCUUCCGCCUAGGGAGCCCGAGAGUUCACGACCUCCCUUGGAGCGGAGGAGUACCAGCACGAGUACACGCCCCGCAGAUGACCUCCUUGAGCAAGCUGAUGUUCUCCGUGAUGCCGCUAAUGCUGCUAGGUCUCGAAGGCCUCGAUUUCGCGGAGAUAAUGUGCCCUAUGACCGCAGACGUGACGAACGUAAAAACAGGACCUCCACAAAUCUGUACGACCUCGAAACCUCGCACGGGUCGGAGACGGUCCAGACUAGGACAUAUUUGCGUAAUUCCGUUGCCGAGACUAGGAGGCAUUCUCUUGGAGGCUCCACUUUCUGUGAGAGCGAGGCAACCGGCGUUGGUCGUCCACCAUCGAGUCGCCUGUCUUCCUCGUUGGCUGGGCCGAAACGCACGACCGCAUCAAGGCUGACCGGUUAUUGCAUCCGCGAACCUCCUCAUCACAGCCAUUUCGAUAAUGCUGGGCCCUUUGAAUUCGUAGUUCCCCGCAGUUCGGUUCGGCGUGCCGAUACGGAGAGCUGUGCUCGGUUUGACGCCCUAAUGGCUGCAGAGCCCCCAGUGACACGGCGAAUUCGCUUUGACCCGAGAUCGUCCGUCUUAUCGCCUGUCGAGGUCGAUAUUCAUUAA